GCCGGAGGGGGCCUGCGCAUGCGGUCCGUCCUCUCUAGCGUCCGGCUGGAAACAGGGGGCAGGAGGCGUUGGCGUGCGCCGCUUCACGCACCGCCCCGAUCUGUGCCCUUGGUAGCGACAGCGGCCGCUGCGGCAAUGGCAGCCUGGCCUGUCGUGCCCCUCCUCAUCAAUCUCGGCGGGUCGCUGCUGGGUUUCGUGGCCACGCUCACGCUGAUCCCAGCCUUUAAUGACCACUUCCUCGCCGCUCGGCUCUUCGGCGAAGACCUGAACAAGGCCUCGCGGCGGUUCAUCCCCGAAGCACAGGGCGUGAUCAGCGGGGCCGUCUUCCUGAUCAUCCUCUUCUGCUUCAUCCCUAUGCCCUUCCUGAGGUGCUUCGUGGAGGAGCAGUGCGCAGCCUUCCCUCACGACGAGUUCGUGGAGCUCAUUGGUUCACUCCUCGCCAUCUGCUGCAUGAUUUUCCUGGGCUUUGCAGAUGAUGUUCUGAACCUGCGCUGGCGCCACAAGAUCCUUCUCCCUACCAUGGCCUCCCUCCCGCUGCUCAUGGUUUACUUCACCAACUUUGGGAACACGACCAUUGUGGUGCCUAAGCCCUUCAGGGUGCUGCUGGGUAUGCACCUGGACCUGGGGAUCCUCUACUAUGUGUACAUGGGCCUGCUAGCAGUGUUCUGCACGAAUGCCAUCAACAUUCUUGCUGGGAUUAAUGGAAUUGAAGCAGGGCAGUCUCUGGUGAUAGCUGCUUCCAUUAUGAUAUUCAACAUCAUAGAGUUAAAUGGGGACUAUAGAGAAGAUCACGUUUUUUCUCUCUACUUCAUGAUUCCCUUUUUCUUUACCACGCUGGGGCUGUUUUACCACAACUGGUAUCCAUCUCGAGUGUUUGUUGGGGACACUUUCUGCUACUUUGCCGGCAUGACCUUUGCUGUGGUGGGGAUCUUGGGGCACUUCAGCAAAACAAUGUUGCUUUUUUUCAUCCCCCAAGUGCUUAACUUCAUCUACUCAAUGCCUCAACUCCUUCAGGUCAUUCCUUGUCCCCGUCACCGGCUGCCAAGGCUCAAUCCUAGUACUGGGAAGCUGGAGAUGAGCUACUCCAAGUUCAAAACAAAGAGCCUCUCUGCCCUGGGAACAAACAUUCUGAAGGCACUCAAGAUCUUGCACAUAGUAGAUGUGAGGAGUGGAAUGGAUGAAGAUGGUGAAUACACUGAGUGCAAUAAUAUGACGCUUAUUAACUUUGUUAUAAAGCUAAUUGGACCCACCCACGAGCGAAAUCUCACUCUCCUGUUGCUAUUCAUUCAGGUCCUGGGCAGCAUAAUUGCAUUUUCAAUCCGGUACCAACUGGUGCGCUUGUUUUAUGAUGUCUGACUGGACUGUUGGGAGCAGGGGGAAGAGUUGUACCUGACGGUCCAUUUUCUCCAGUUGCUGACCAAAUGAUUCAACCAAUCUUACGGUGGCCUUCUGAGAACUUUGGGACACCUGUCAAAAUGCAAGCAACUGCUCUGCAUGGGCCAUCCUUGAACUGUAACCUUUUUUUGUCUGUGCACAGAAGGCUUUUAUCCAAUUUUACUGAUGGAAAAGAUCCACUGCUAGUUGGACAUCGUUGUUACUGGGAGUACCUUGGCCCAAAUGUUUACUCACAGCACAUAGAGAAAGCAGGAAAGGUGAAAUCUCUAUACAUCUAACAAGGAUGUUACUCUACCCCAACUGAGAAAACAGAAACUGCUGUCUCUGCGAGACUAUACAGCAGAACAAGUAAACCAAAAUCCUCUCCUGGCUCUUGCCUUUGGUUCACAGCCAUAGAAUACCCUAUUAUAAACCAUACCCAAAACUCAGACCUCUCUGACAAUAAAAUAACUUACGGUACCCUCUCCCCUU